CAAGACAUUGAAUUGUCAAUCGGUUACAAAUCUGUCCGUACGUCGUGCAAGAUAUCAAGAAAUACACAUUCUGCUAAUAAAUAAAAUUAUUAACCAAAGAAUUUUUUUGCGCUGUUUUACAAAUCUUUUUGUCGUAAUAUUUAUCAUGAGUGGGUCAGGAAAGAGCCUCCUUGGAGUGUGGUUGUACAGGAGAGGCGAGAGUUGGGCUGUCAAAGAAGGAAGUCCUCUGCACAAAUCGCGCGAUAUUCCUGUGGAUGAAACCCAUCAUCAAGUCAACGAUAAUAAGAAUUCUGUGAUAUUUUCUUUGAAAAAUCAAAUUGGUGGCUUGGCACGAGCACUUCAAGUAUUUCAGGAUUUAGGUAUAAAUGUCGUGCACAUCGAAUCAAGAAAGUCCCAGCGCCGCGGUUCCGAAUACGAUAUCCUCGUAGACGUCGAGUGCGAUUCGAAGCGGAUGGAACAAUUAAUGAAGCUGCUGAGCCGCGAAGUAGCAGCUAUCAAUCUUGCUCAUUAUGAGCAAAUUGGAAAUAUACCACACGCACCUUCCCUUUCAGCCGCGGCAAGUUUCGAUUUCAGUGAAGUAGAUAUGCCUUGGUUCCCACGCAAAAUAUCGGAUCUCGAUCGAGCGCAGAAAGUUCUCAUGUACGGAUCGGAACUGGAUGCGGAUCAUCCCGGCUUCAAAGAUCCCGUAUAUCGCAAACGUCGCGAAGAGUUUGCCGAAAUCGCCUAUAAUUAUAAAUAUGGUCAACCGAUACCGAGAGUGCAAUACACGCCGGAAGAAAUCAAGACUUGGGGAACUGUUUUUCGCGAACUACAUCAACUCUAUCAAAAAUACGCGUGCAAAGAAUACCUGGAAAAUUGGCCAAAGUUGGUUAAAUACUGUGGAUACAGAGAGAACAAUAUACCGCAACUGCAGGACGUGAAUGUUUUUCUCAAACGAACGACGGGAUUUCAGCUUCGUCCGGUCGCAGGUUAUCUCACGCCGCGGGACUUCCUCUCCGGGCUUGCAUUUCGCGUAUUCCACUGCACCCAAUAUAUUCGACAUUCUUCCGAUCCAUUUUACACGCCGGAACCAGAUUGUUGCCAUGAACUGCUGGGCCACAUGCCGCUACUCGCCAACACGAGCUUCGCGCAAUUCUCUCAAGAACUUGGUCUGGCUUCUCUCGGUGCAUCAGACGAAGACAUAGACAAAUUGGCGACUCUAUACUUCUUCACGGUAGAAUUCGGGUUAUGCAAACAAGAUGGUAUGUUUCGCGUUUAUGGGGCCGGCUUGCUCUCGUCGGUGGCGGAAUUGAGGCACGCGGUGUCCGCGCCCGAGAAAACCAUGAGAUUCGAACCGGACAUCACGUGCAAGCAGGAAUGCAUCAUCACCGCGUUCCAGAAUGCAUAUUAUUAUACGGACAGCAUAGAGGAAGCAAAAGAGAAGAUGCGUGGAUUUGCUAAUCAAAUUCAACGACCGUUCGGGAUACGCUACAAUCCGUACACCCAGUCGGUAGAAGUGCUGACUGAUGCCCAGAAGAUUACAGCGGUAGUCAGCGAGCUGCGAGGCGAUCUUUGCAUAGUGUCAAACGCUCUGAAAAAGAUUCACGAACAGGACGACACUGUUGAUGUCGAAAGGAUAACGAACAUGCUGACGCACGGUAUAGAGAUGCCGCAGGACAGCUCAUCUUCGGACAGCGAUCAGGAUGAUAGUCCUAACGCUGAGGAGGUUCGUCAACAAGAAACUAAUCAGCAGUCGCAUUGCAAUGAUAAAGAUAUAAUCACUACGGAAGAUUAAGCAAUGUCGUCCUCGAUAACGUAAACGUAACGAUGUUUUAGAAAAUAUUUACAAAAAUAUAAAGCUUUGAAAAUGGUUUUUCUCUCAAACGCAGAAAUGAUCACACUAUCUCAAAAAACCUUUAUAAUAUUAAUUUAUAAUUAUUUUAAAAGAUUGACGAAUAUGCAAAGAAAAGUUAAGUAAUGCUGCAUAAAAUGAUGAAUAAAAAAAAUGUCCAACCCCCCAUAUAUAUAAAUUAGUUGCAUUAAAAAUAUCAAUGUUAAUCAAUUUAACUAAUCAAUCUUAGAGUGCACGUAAAUAAUUAGUAAAUUAUUACUAAAAUAUAUUAAUUAUGCAAUAAAACCUAAUAAAGCGAUAAACAAGAAUCUCAAGAUGCAAAAAAGAAAUCGUUUAAUAUAAGAAUACAAAAAUUAACGGAGUUAAUGAAUUGUUAAUCACUCCCCGAGAAAAAAAUGAUAUAAUUGGUCAGAUGAUUAAAUAUA